CUAUCCAUCUAUCCAUCCAUCCAUCCAUCCAUCCAUAAAGAGUCGGUGCAGUCUCGGCAGUAUUGGUUGCAUGCUGUCGUGUUAUACGCUGACCAUACUGUGGUUGCCAUACUCAUUACAGGCAAAUAAAAACUGCAUCAUCCCAAUCCAGUGUCCAUCACUGACCAGGGCAGACGAACACCCAAUAGGAAGGGUCACAUAAUAUGAAUAAAAUGUACUUACUCUUUCUAUCGCAUUGAGGUGAAACAUUAAUGCUGCCCUCACCACCACCUACAAUGAGAUGAAGAGAAAAAAAUGAAACAUGCAAAAACUUGUGCAUUUUCAUAAAAUAGUAACAACCAUUAUGCUGAUGGAUGAAAGGGGAAAGGAAGAAAACAAAAACAGCUUUGAACUGCAAAGGGCACAAAAUCUCUGACCCAAAACCCUGAAGCUGAAACCAGCACAAGAUUUAAAGCAUUCAGCUGCAAAAGAAACAGGGCGUAAAUCGCACUAAGCUACUUGACUUUUAAAGCAAGUCAGUGGAGCCCGAACGUUUUCCAUGUCAUUUUGGGCCAUUUCUUUUUCAGUUUAUCAUGAAACUUUCGAAUGAUGUCAAACGCUGAAAAAUGACACAAAUGGAGACACAAGGUUUUGUUCUGACAGCAGCGAUAUGCGAAUGUAUUUAUCUGAGCAACAAGUGUUUUGGUUUAGAACAAAAGCAAACUUUGGAAUAAUCAGAAAAUUAUACCGGCUUUAAAACUACAGGCAGGUUAUUAAGGCAGGAGCCUGCAUCACUUAAUCAAGGUAAGCAGUAACAUUAAUCUGAGUUUAUAUAAUACACUUGAAAAAAGGCUGGACUGACAUGAAAAAACAGCACGUUACAAAUUAGGCUGUAAGGUACAGCACAACACAGCACAGCGUAGUACAGCACAGCGUAUUACAAGCCUUGAUGGGAGAAGCUCCGAGUGGGAGGGGCCUAACUUCAUGCGUAACUUUGCAAACCUCGUGGACCGUGACGUAACAACGGGCAAUCACAGCCACACAGUCGUCCCUUACGGUGGGCACAUAGCCCCCCUAACCCGCCCCACAGCCCUAAUAACAUCCCCACAGCAGCCUAUUCACGCUCCGACGUCUCGCCCGUGGCGCCCACGCUCAGUAGCGGCUCGCUACAAUAUAUCCCGGUGUUCUGUCGAACUGUGCUACUCAUCGAGCUGUCCUACUUCGAUUUACUGCGCAUGCGUACAUCGCUUUCUAAGCUAAUUUGUAGGUAGGCUCAUCAAUUCUUGCUACCUUGGUUAGAAAGUGUGUAAUUAAUGGUGAGUGUUUAUUGCUUUUAAUUAAUUUAAUACUUUACACUUACUACUGUAUAUUUACUGUAAACGCAAAAGUAAUUUGCAUUUUAGACAUUUGUUAACGCCGCAGAAAUGUUAGAAAACUAUGGCACAAGUUUUACUGUUGAAAUCGUUAGGCUUAGCGCGUACGGUGACAGAAAGCGUAAUAAAAUCGAUAUGUGCUUCCCCUAAUAUCACAAAUUAGUCGCGGUAUUAUUUUUCGACACGGUAGCACAUAUCGAUAGAUACGAUCUAUAAAUAUACGCUAUGGUAGGACGUCUCGACGAAGUAGGACAAAUCGAUAGAACACCGGCCGUCUGCGACGCACCGGCGACGGUGGCGCCUCUGAACAGUUCACGCGGUGUUCAGAGCUCACCUGUCGGACUCCACCUGAGCGUCCUCGGGUGUUUACGAGCGAAGCUCCGCGUUCCGCCACAUGAGCGCACCGAGGACCGACAGGCCAACGACAAACGACUAACCAAUAGUUAAAACGCCUCAGGACGCUUUUCCGGUCCGACGGUCGAGCGACAGGAGCAGCGGGGAUUCAAGCUCGGCGGCAUGGUGGUGUCGGCCAGUCCCGGAGGCUGGAGCAGCUCAAACUUACACGCGGGAUUUACAGCGAACAUUUCAAACCGAGCGAGGAAACGAGGGGAAAGUCUCACCUUCUCCAUUAGCGGCUAUGCAGCUCCACGACAGGAGCGAAAUAAAGGAGAGGAUCAGGAUAACACCAGGUGUGAGUCCGGCGCGCGCUCGCUCCAUCGUAGCCGGUCUUCUCCCGCGAGGCGCUCAGCUUUAAACUAGUUCCACCCCGUAGCUCCACCCAUAGUUCCACCAGUAGCCCGACCCGUAGCGCGCCAGAACGUACCACUCCUAAUAGUUGUUAACCAUGAAUAAUAUAAUGAGUAAAAUCCUUCAGAGAUCGUUUUUGGGGUUGUUGUGUGCCUAAUGACUCAGUGUUGUGAUCUGGCAUUGGCUGAUCUCCCCGCGGGUUUGUAGACGGGCAAAUAUAGGGGCGACUAGGGGUCCUAGUUAGCGAUAGCCCAGCUAGCCCGCAUGCACAGGAGCGGCGUCUUCGGCAGGAGAAGCAGUAAAUGCAGAGUAAAUGGUACAAAUAAAUUUUUAAAUCCAGGGACUACAAAUGUGGAUGAAGUGGAGUUCUAAAAGUGAUCAACAAUGUUGCUUCGGGUCAUCAUAUCAGAAAGUGAUAUCCGGCGACUCACAAUUGAACAUGUUCCCACAAGUGUUGAGGAGCUGUGCCAAGUGUUAAGAACAACCCUGGGACUUCGAGGCAGAUUUAUUUCACAGUUUGAAGAUCCAGAAUUCAAUAAUCAGUUGUGCAAUGUGGCUGAUAUUAAAGACAUUCCUGCGGAACGGGCAACAUUAAAAGUGUUCACAGCUGAUGCUGUUCUCUCUGAUUCAACCUUGGACACGUGCAGCCUAUCCUCUCCCAGUAGUGCGAGUUCUGUGGAAUGGCCCGACCCUUUCACGAUUCCAGUGUUCUCACAUGAUGUGGAACUACAGCUGAAAGAAGCAAAUUGUAGGUAUGCUAAGGAUGAAUCUGUGAUGAUCAUUCCAAAAGCUAUGAAGACCGAUAUCCUUGACACACUGGCAGACAACAUGUCAAAGAUCAGUGCCUAUCCUGAAAAACAUCACUUUGAGAUUGUUGCCAAAGCCCUCAUUGAGAAGCAUCCCUGUCUUAAGGAGCCAGGGUCUGAAAAGGGAUGGUAUUCCUGGUUUCACGGCCUUAAAUUUAAGCUUGGAAACUAUCGGCAAAAACUGGCUGCAGCAGGAUGCCCAGAGGUGGUUGUCAACAAAAGAAAAGCAGGUGAUGCAAAGGUGAAGCGAGUGAAGAAAUCAAAAAAGGGUGAACUACUUGCCAGAAUCACCUGAUGGACAAAGUCCAGAAGUUGAGGAGGAAAAACGGAAGAUGAUGGUCACUGAAAUGCAGAAGAAAAGUCCUGAUCUUCAGUCUGUGGAUGAACUAAUGACUGCUACAUUUUCACGCCGCAGACAAGAAAUCAUAGGGGAUGAGCCACUUGUUGCAGACGUAAUCAACAGAUGGCCUGCUCUGUUCUCUGAGAGACAGAUAGAGGCAGAGUUCAAAAGAAUUGUCACCACCAGCCUUUUCCAGUCUUUUCUCGACGGACUUGAUCAUCUGGUCCCAAGACUGCUGGAGGUGUACAAAGCAGCAGUACUGUCUGGAAAGAAGCAAGCACUCAAAGGCAUUUUGGACUGCCUUGAGAAAGAUAACACAAAUGAGAGGAAACGAACUGCAGCAUUGCUUGGUCUGCCCCACUACCUAUCAGAAGAUCCAGCAGAUGUCAUCAGGAUUUGUGAUGCUCAUGGUGAGACAUUGGAUGUGGCUAUGAAGGGGAUGCAAGUUGGCCUCCUAAUAGGCCAUGAAGGUGCUCUACAGGAUGCCUUUCCUUGGGAUAUCUUCAGUGUGGCAGUUGUGGUGGAGGAGACCAUUGUACUACACUACUACAAACUCAAAGAUGUGGCAUGCAGCUUUGCCAUGCUUAUGGGCAUCAUAUACUGUGUGAAUCUUGAAUAUCCACAAGCUAUGAAGUAUUCCUUUGAGUUUUUGCAGCGAGUGGUGAUGAAGGUCAAACCAGACCAAGCUUCUGCACGAAUACACGGGCUGAGAAACAAACUGUUAAAGUACAAACUGUAAAGUCUCUGGAGCAUUUUUGCACCUGAAAGUCUGGACCAAAGCCUGGACCAAGGUUCAUAUUUUUGUUAGAUUGUGUACAUUUAGUCGGUUGGUUGAAGUCUCUGGCCAUUUGGAGCGUUUUUGCACCUGAAAGUCUGGACCAAAGUUCAUAGGAUUGUGAAACAAUAGGAAGCAUAGGAAGUUGAAACAACAAGCACUAGACAGUCUAAUCAACUUGCAGGAAGGAAUUCAAAGCCAAACUAAACUUUAAGUCUUGAGUUGGAAGUAAAUGGUAAUAAUGAUUUCAUUUAACUUAAAACUUUAUGGCAGCUUUUGAACUUAAGUUUUUAAGUUGAAGCUGAUAUAAUUGUUUACAGUGUAGAUGUUAUUUGUUUAUUUGAAAAAAACGCUAGUUAUUGGUAAACGGUUGUUGGUAAAUAACUAGAAUGUGGCAUCAUCUUUAUUGAAAUUCCUCAUUCUCUGCUAGAAGCUCAUACUUUUAGUCCUGUUACUCAUAAAAGUUACAGGCCUGAGUAACAGUAACAGGAGUGAGGUAGCGUCCUCUGGUUUAUUGAUUUAUCAACGUGGCCAUUCGUUAAUAUAAUACUAUUCACCCGACUUCACAGCUGAAAUCACUUACGCUUUUCACAUUUAAGAUUAGUUUUACUAUGUGAAUCCUAUAUUUAUAUUAAAGUAAUCUACCACUAAUAUGUAUAAUAUACACUAUGUUGCCAAAAGUAUUCACUCACCCAUCCGAAUCAUUGAGUUCAGGUGUUCCAAUCACUUCCACGGCCAC